AGAAGAAUACUACUUCGAACACAUCUCAUUAGACUGGAUCAACAUACCUAUCAGACCCAACGAAAUCUAUGAAAUCAAAACUAACAAGAAACCAAUGAUACCAACAAGCCUAGUUCAGCUACAGGAAGUACUUGAAAAUAUCACAGACGAAAUUUACAUUAACGUACUGAUUAAACAACAAAAAGAAAUCAACCCUACUAUAACAAUUCUCCGACAAUACUUUGAGAUACCACAAAUCUCAGACUACAUACUAGAACCUCCUCCUCUCCCAGAACUAACUUGGGACAUCUUCGCAUAA